AUGCGAUACACAACUGCUGGGCAACUCCUGAACAUUAUUUCCCCAAGAGAAUUCAUUGACUUCUCCUACACCACCAACUAUGAAAAUGGACUUUUAACAUGUGGUGUCAGCAUUGAACAUGAAAAUGUCCAUCCACAUUGUGUCCGUGGCUUUAAUCACCCUUGUGGCUGGUUUUGUGUGCCUUUACAGAGCUGCCCUGACCACAGUUUUCUGACCGGUUACAUACAGACGGAUCUGAGGGGAAUGCUUCCACAUAGCACUGUUGACUUUGCUAUGGCGGGUUCACUUGUAAAUUUCUAUAGUGACCUCAGGAAAGCAUUGAAGAAGUCAUAG